GCACCGACUACCAGGAUCGCCUCUUAUACGUAGAAACCUACAAUCUGAAGCUGUCGUGAACCUCGAAACUCGUAUACAUCGUGGACCUAAAUUCCUGAUAAAAGUCGGAGAUAUUCUGCUAGAAUUAAGCCUUUCACGUGGAUAUCCAUAGCAAUUUUUUUAUUUCAUUCGUAUCGUCGUUGAUGAUGCUUCGUUGUGUAUAUUUUUAACGUUUGAGGCGUAAGAGAAGUUCACAGGCGAUUCUGUGAAACGAAAUAAAACGAAGAAUAAGAAAAUUACGCUCGAGGCUUCGUGCAUUAGGUGUGAUUACAUUCGAAAAGUAUAUUGAGUAUACUUUGUUAACUAUACUUAUGUAUUCUUUGCUGAUUAUAGACCGAUAAGAGGUGGACGAUUGGUCGAAGGUUACUCUAAAUAUAAAAAUCUAGAGUACAAUUUUUUUACUCGUGGCCUCGUCUUAAAGAAAACAGCGGUAUAUGCCGUUUGAAAAUUUGAUUUUCUCGGAAACGAAGCCUCCGACGAAAAAAUUGUACUACACGUUUCCGACUUAUUUUUGGAUAUAGAACAACCUCCUUGUCAAUUAUACUCCGUCUAUUUGGGAAUUAGGUAGAUUCCUAUAUACUCGGCAAAUUUUCAACCUCGAAGGUGAAAUUUUCUCGAUUUUCGUCGUGUCUUGAGUGGCAGAGUGCAUCUAUUGCACGACAAAAUAGAAUUCAAUCUCACAUCGUUGUACGUAACGACGAAUACACCGACGAGACUCGGAAAAGCGAACCUACACGUAAUACGAAUAAUAUAAAAAUUGCAAUAAAAAUUCAGGUCGAAAACGUUGGCUAGUGCGGCCUCGUAUAAUCUUAUCUGUAGCUCUGCCCACAUGUCAAGUUCUUCUACUAGCAGUACAUUCGCACACGGCUCUAUUUCCAUGCGGCACGCGUAUCAGUGUGACGUAUUUUCUCACAUACACACGCAUAAACACAUCUAAAUAUAUACAUUCACCGUUUGAUAGGCGCGCUCGCGCCUACCUUUCCACACGUCCACGUGACACAUUGAACAAUGCUCGUAAAGUAGCGUACACGUUCGGCCACACCGUCUUAAAACACAUUCUACUUGGCUAGUGUGGGUGUGCAAACGCGCGCGCGCGUGUGCGUGGAUUAUUUUCGCUUAUACCGCGGCGCACGCAAUCUCAGAAGUGGUUCUCGCGUUGACAGGUUCCGAGCGAGUUUUCGCCGACCACGAGCCACCGAUCGGUCAGUGCUUCGAACAGAGGAUCCACGAUUUCUAGAUCCUCCUCGUACCUCGUCUAACUUUCGCGCUUCCAACGAUUUUCCGGUUCGUUCGAAACGUCGUGGAAUCCGGCGCGCCUCGACGCAAGGAUCGAAGGAUCGACGACUCCUCGAUGCUCUUGAAACCUUUUGGAACUCGGUGCUUCGACAGACAAGGGAUCGAUGAUUUCUAGAUCCUCCUUCGACUUUGUACAAUUCGACGCUUUGGUAGGCAGAUCGACGAUUUUUGGAUGCUUGUCGAAUAUCGUGCAAUCCAGGCAGGAGAAUCGAAGAGGAGAGAACGUUCUUGAAACUUUGUGGAAUUGAUCGACCAGUUCGUGGAUCCUGAAUUCAGCGCCUCGACGAGUUCUCGAUCCACUUUGAACUUGGAUAGCAGGCUGGAAAAUUUUUGGACUCGCGCUGGACAUCGCGGAAUCCAGCGCUUCGAAGAUGGGAUGUUCGAUCUCUGGAUGCUUUUUCAACAUCGUGGAAUCCCACGUCUGAAAGAACGAAUCGUCGAUCUCUAGAUCCUCUUUCGAUUAGAAAGACAAAUUAUCGAGUUCUAAAUUCUUUCCGAAGACUAGUGAAGUGCAGCGCUUGGAGAAAGGGAUCGUUGAUUUCUAGAUCUUCUUCCAACAUCGUGGCGCUUCUAAAAAGAGAUCACAGAUGUCUAGACGAUUCUUGAAUAUCAUCGAGGUACUGUUUCCAAAUUAUUCUCAACGUGAGAUCCAGCAGAAUUAGAAGAAUGAUCGUCGUAAUCAAGAAGCAAGAUCCGACUGUUCGAUAUUUUGAAGGAAACUUCUACAAUUCGCAGAUUCACUUCGAACGUACGACUAGCGGAUAGAAAAUCCAGUGGUUGGAAAAAUUGUUCGUUUCUAUAUCUGGUUGGAAUAUCGCGUAAUCCAGUGAUCGAGGAGGAUUUCUAGAUCCAUUUCGAACAUCAUAAAACCCGUCAGGAAGGCGAAACGAUCGCGUUCGUCGAUACGAAACCGCGUGACUCGCGAGGAAAUUCUUAUGCAACGCGUGCAGGACGUGGUGCACACUUUGCCGGUGCUUAGGCGAACGUCAGAGCAGAGAAGGAGAGGAGAACCCGUCGCGAAGAAUUAUGAAUGAUCCUCGGAACGAGGAUGAUCGCGAGCCGGCCCCGUGUACCCGGUUGCUGGAAAUAGCGUGCAAUCUGCGCACGGAAACGCCGACAACUGGACAAAUACGCUUGUUGCUCGCUUCGUUUGCUCUACACCAACGUGCUAUCGUUGAGUCGUGACGAAGAGGUACCUCGGACCGGUUGUAUAACUAUUCAAAGUGAAACUUAAUACAUCGUAGGACAGUGAAUUAGUAAAAUUAGAGGCUUUUUCUCUCAUCAAGCCGAGGAUCGUCGCUCAAGUGAUUUUGCUACUCGUUUCGUUAGCUGCUAGCCAAGGUGCUAUCUUCACCGAAGAAACUUCAAUUACACACGUUAUCCUCGGAACUUGAUACAUUAGUCGAUGUACGCAAGUUAAUUAAAUUUCUUUUUCUUCGUCGAUCUGAGAAUCGUCGUGUCGAGGAACGAUUCUUGUUCUCUGUGUCCUAUCGACGUGCUAUCGUUCACUUGCGACGAACAGUACAUGUAAGUAUCUACAGCGAAACUUAAUUGUACAGAGCCGGCAACGGAAAUUAAUUUCCAUUUCUUAUUCGUCAAAAUAUUGCCACGCAAAUGUGAAUAGCAACUUUAUUAUCAUGGUGAUCGUGGUCGACGGAUGCGGAACAGUGAUAAGGAUGACGAAACGGGACGAGAAUAAAUGAUAGCGUAUGUAUAUACGGUCGCGGUUGUACGAGAAAUCGUACGACGUUUUAACGUGGCCGUGAAACUCGGGACACUACUGUGAAUCUAAAAAGUGUUCGUUUUGCAUUGCAAAUGAAAGAACGUUUCUUUAAAACGUAAUUGUACAACGAACCUGUGCGACAGUACGAUGGUGUUAUCGAUGGUUCUAUUCUAUGUCCAACAAAUAUAAUUGACGGUGGUGACCGGUUUGACGAUAGAAAAUUGUAUAUACACGUCGUACUCAGGAAAUAUGGUUAUGAAAUAGAAAAAUGACUGGAAAUGAUUUCGCUGGGAAGAGGUGAGUGGCGUUCGUGGCGAAUCGUAAAUUCAAUUGACGUACAACGCGAUGGUGCUAGUCGUUGAGGAACGUGUUUCAGAUUAUCGUUCGAUUUACAAUCUAUGAAUCAGUCAGGCUGGCGACAAAAAUCAUCGUAGAAACUUCACGAUCACGGAUAACAAUCGUCUCGUAUCUCGUCGUUCAAUGGUGUUCAAAAAUCUGUCACUCUAAAUCUUCGAUGAGAUUCUCGUACGAUGAUCUGGCAGAAGAUAAGCGAGAAACGUUUGCAAAGGAGAGAAAAUUAAUUGGUAAGACGAGUUGCCCAUUUCUGGAUUCUCUUCGGACGUGGUCGGGUCCAGUGGCUCGAUAGAUUUCCAAAUUCUAAAAAGAAGAUUCUCGUCGCCGUUGAUACGACACGAUCACCGGCCAGUCAACGCCUUGACAAAAGGAUCGUCGAUUUCUAAACUUCGAAUAAACGUGGAAUCGAUAAUUAAAAGAGUCGGAAAUUUGAAUUUUCAAUUUCUCUUCACGGAAGGACCGAUGAUUUCUAGAUUCUCCUGGAAUUUAUACAGAGCGUUUCAACAGACAAGUCAAAGAUCCAUGCGGCAUCUUUGAAGAUCGCGGAGUCAGUGUUUAAACGGAAGAAUCGAAAAUUUCUAUCAUCCUCGUUGAGCUUUGUGAGAUUCGGCGCUUUAACAAAAGGAUCGAUGCUUUCUAGAGCCUCUUUGACUUUUUCCGGCGUACGGCGUUUCAACAGAGCCGCCGAAGAUUUCUGCGGCCUCUUUGAAUAUCGUGGAAACCAGUGCUCAGACAGAGGAGCCGACGGUUUCUAGAGAUUCUGUUCGAACGCGGCAUGAAAUUCUUCUUUGUAUCGCGUCGGUGAAUUUGGCGAAGAAACUCUGAAUAGGAGAAGAAAAGAGACACGGGAGGGAAAUCGAGAUCGUUGAACGAAAUGCUCAUGACUGAAAAGGGUUCUCUGUCGAAAGAAGGAACCAACGAGGAAUCGGACGAGCAUACGAUCGCCACCGACAACAACACAGUGCCACUGGACGAGUUAUUGGUGAACUCGACGGUUCCUACGACCGCGGUUGCAAUAAAAGUGUGCGAUGACUCCGCGGACGAGACCGGAAGAGGCAACAACGAGAAGCAGAAACGCGGCAUUCUCAGCAACUUUCAGAGAAGGACAUUCAGCAGGAUCAGCUUCAAGGGAGAGACCGGCCCUUUACUGAGCAGUAUGCACGAAGCACCUUCGAGAUUGACUGUAUUUCCAACAAAGAGUUACGACAACACCGUAUACCGGCAAACAAGAUUCAGCUCACGACGGAUACGCAAAAGAGUGGUUUUCAAGCACGGCGAUUGCAAUGUCGUACAAGGAAAUGUCGCCAAGAGACGGCGCCGUUACCUUCAGGAUAUUUUCACGACGCUGGUGGACGCACAAUGGCGUUGGACUCUGCUGGUGUUCUCCAUGAACUUCCUACUGUCAUGGCUCGGUUUCGCCCUGAUAUGGUGGCUGAUAGCGUACAGUCACGGCGACCUCGACCUAGAAAAUCAGAACAAUCCAAACAUAACGUUCACCCCGUGCAUCAGGGAGAUUCGUGGAUUCACCAGCUCCUUCCUAUUUUCCAUCGAGACGCAGCACACGAUCGGGUACGGGUCGAAACACCCAACAGACGAGUGUCCAGAGGCAGUGUUCGUGAUAUGCAUCCAGUCAAUGACAGGUGUGAUCCUGCAGGCCUUCAUGGUCGGCAUAGUUUUCGCGAAACUGUCCCGGCCGAAGAAGAGAACACAGACGUUGCUGUUUUCAAGGAACGCUGUGAUCUGUCAAAGGGAUGGACAACCCUGUUUGAUGUUCCGUGUCGGUGACAUGAGGAAGAGUCACAUCAUCGAGGCUCACGUCAGAGCCCAGAUGAUCAAAAGGAAGGUUACCAGAGAAGGAGAACUGCUGCCGUUCUUCCAAACAGAAUUGAAAGUGGGCGGUGAUGGCGAGGAGGACAAGAUAUUCUUUAUUUGGCCAACGACGAUCGUUCACAAGAUAGACGAAAAGUCGCCUCUUUAUCAUAUAUCAGCCAGCGAUAUGCUCAGGGAACGAUUCGAGAUUAUCGUCAUGUUGGAAGGUGUCAUCGAAUCAACUGGCAUGACGACUCAAGCCAGAAGCUCGUACCUGCCGUCGGAAAUUUUAUGGGGACACAGAUUUGAACAUAUAAUCACGUUCAAAAAGGAGACUGGGGAAUACGAAGUGAACUAUUCCUUGUUCAACAAUACCUACGAGGUUGACACACCAUUAUGUUCAGCGGCUGAUUUGGACAAACUUAGGACGAUGCAACGAUCGAAAGGAGGUAUUUCAGAACGUGCGAGCAACAGCGGAUUCGCUCAUUAUCGCGAUGCGUCGAGCAGUUCUUUGACCACCGGAUCCGGUUCCAGCCUAGCGUCGUCAACAGGCGGAUUGCACAUGAACGUGCCGAUGACGCUCACUCCGAUUCCAGUUAUGAUCACCGGCCCUGACGGUUCUCUUAGACGCGAGAGCAUGCAAAGCGCGCAAACUGACUUGAAGCAGUCCAUAUUUUACACGCACAACGAGUUCCUGGACGGUGAUCCGCACGUUUUAAAUCAUUAUUCCCACGAGGAAUUAAGAAACCAAGAGGAUUAUGAUCGUGUAUUGGAAGAUAUAAACGCCACCUUAAGGAAAAAUCGAGCACCGAGUAAGGAAGACAGAAGAAUACACAGGGAACCGUCCAAGUGUACCUUAGACUCUAGGAAGAGCGAGUCGAGAGACACGAUAAAGAGAUCCAGUUCUAGGACGACGAUGGAUCAAGUUCCAGUUAUCAGCUCCCUAUCGAAAUCACCAUCGCGACAGCAUUUAGAUCCCAGACAUAGCAAGUUCGCGGAAUCCUCGGAAGCGUAUCGCGAACCUUCGCCUCAUCCUCUCACCUCCUCGAGGUCCAGCCUGGGAGAGAAUCACAAGGGCCCGCAGAAAAAGACCAGCUUCAUCUUAGGCGACGUCGAACACCACGUGAUAGAUAUGGAGCCUAUGAAGGAGUUUCCCGCUCGGAACGCGUUGGAGGGCGAUUCGUCCAAAACGAAUCAUCUUCCUAGGCACGCUGUUUUCUAUCAGGAACAAGUGUAGGUGAGCAAACGUGGACCAUCGUUAACCACUUAACGCACGUAUUUAACGUGAUAUGUGUAUUUGAAGUUGGAUUUUACUGAAUUAAUUGUUUUUGGCAUCGAACUUUGUGGACUGAAAAACUAUAGUAUCUUAUAAAUAAAGAUAUCCAUAUUGGUUCUAGUUUGAGCGAUUAUUAUAUGCAUUCAAGCUAUAGUAUCUUAUGUAUUUAAUUUAUACGAUAAUUUAUAUGAAUUAUUAAAGAUGUCCAUAUAUGUCAUAAAGAAACAUGUUAUGUAUAUAAUUGCAUUUUCGCUUGUUUUUCAUUAUAUUGUAAUAAAUUUCCAUUAAUAAAUAAAGGAACGAUCUGUGCGUUAAGGGGUUAAGGAGUGAAGUAGGAGACUUAUGAGAAGACUUAUUCUAGUCUAGAGGAUUUCUUUUCUAGAAGAACCGCAAGAGGUUUGACAUUAGCUUCCUCGUAUAUUAUUAUUAUUAUUUAUUUUAGUCCGUGCCUUUCGGUUUUGGACGAACUUUCGGAUUACAAUUCUUACAUUUAUCGUAUUGCACUCCUUAGCAUAUUCUUACCUCUAGCGUCUAAAACUAAUGACUACAAACUAUUGCAACUUAUGACUACACA